AUGUCACACCAGCGAAUCCCCGGCCUCCCAAAUCCAGUGGUCGAAGAGACAAAUAAAAAAUGGUACUUCACAGAGGAGGAGCUCGAGCGGACACCCUCCCGUAUGGACAAGAUUGAUCGCCAACAAGAGGACUACAUCCGGCAUCGAUCUGUCGAGUUUAUCUGGUCGGUGAGCACAAUGCUCAAGCUGCCACCUCAGACAUCUAUGACUGCCACCGUCUUCAUGCACCGAUUUCUUAUGCGCUACUCCCUUCGAGCGCAAUACCCUGAACUAGCAUCAGACUUGAUGCACCCAAAAGUUAUUGCGGCAGUGACUCUAUUCGUCGCGUCCAAGGUGGAGGAGAGUACGCGCCGCAUGAAAGACUUUGUUAUCGCCUGUUGCCGAAUCGCGAUGAAAAAGCCAGAUCUUAUCGUCGAUGAACAAUCGAAGGAUUACUGGAGGUGGCGUGAUCUGAUCCUCCAGAAUGAAAGUGUUUUGCUUGAACAUAUCUGCUUCGACAUGUCGCUAGAAUCACCUUACCGCAUCCUCUUCGAAUACACCGAGUUCUUCAAUGUCAGCGGCAACAGGAAUCUCCGACACGCGACUUGGGCAUUUUUGAAUGACUCCACCUUUACCGUUCUCUGCCUACAGUUUCCAGCACGGGUAAUUGCUGCAGCAGCACUUUACGCAGCAGCUCGUCAUUGCAAGAUCUCAUUUCCAGAUGAUAGCGAAAAACGACCUUGGUGGGAACAGAUAGAUGUACGUGUUGAAGACCUUAUCAAAGCCUGUACAGUGAUCGUCAAAGUUUAUGAGCGAGCCCAACAGCAUCUCAGCAAGGGGUACCCCGAUUUUCCUUUUGAUCACUCUGAUCCGAACGAUCCGACUCGUCUGUUCCAUUCCGACCCAUUUCCUUUCGAUGAAUCGAGGAAAAGCUCGAGAGAGCCUUUAGAGUCUCUGCCAGAUGAUAGAAAACGCUCCCGAGAGCCUGAAGAAUCCCUGCCAGAUGAUGAGAGCCCGGCAAAACGUCCGCGUACGGCUUCAGUAUCUGAAGAGGGCGAGAUUUAG